GUCAUUUCCGAAAGGGCGAGUUACAAAAUAAGAGAAAUUUAUUAAAAAAUUAAUAAUUGUGAUUUAAGGCACGAAAAUAGGGUGCUUAGCAGUCUAAGCAUGUUAGUUAAGUCCUCAUUUAUUUAAGAAAUUGUGUGAUGGAUCCUUACGAACAAAAGCUUUUUAAUUUAUUCAAAAAUUUCGAAAUCGACGGGAAGUUAAAUGAAAGUGGAUUAAGAAAUUUGUGUCAAACACUACAGCUCAAAGAAAGGCUAACAUUGCUCAUCAGUAUUUUAUUCAAAAAUGGAACCAAGACAGGAGUUACAUUCGACGAAUUUCGCGAGGGUCUUCUGCAUGUCAUAACUAGUGAAGAUGACGACACAUCUGCAUCAACAACAACUCAAGUAUCACCAACAACAAAGCCAUCAAGUGACAACGAAUCGGACCGUGAAAUCUCACCAAAAUAUAUUGUCGGUACAAAAAAGUACGGCCGUCGAUCACGUCCCACACAAAAUAGUGAUGAUCUGAUUAAUGACACAUCGGAUUCAGAUAACGAGACAACAACAAUUAUUGUGGCAUCGCCUGAGAAAAAGCAGUCAAAAGUCCAACGUUCAGUGUCUCAAAGUGAUGUGCACGGUACAAAACGAAGACGUCCACUAUAUUCAACAAAAUUAAAGCGUUGUGCAUCACUUCCGUUGCAAAAAGCAUCAAAAUUAGAAAUAAGAUUACGUCAGUUGCGUCAAGAGCGCGAAAUCAAUGAAGAUUCAAUGGAUGAAAGUGAUAAUUUAAUUAAAAUGAGUUUAUUGUCGCAGAAUUUACGCGUUGUAUGGAACAGCUUUGAAGCUGGUGAUGUCCUCAAUUUUCCGCAACUUGAAAUUGUCUGUGAACGUGUCGGUCUUCAUAAAAUUGCGGCAAAAUUAGCAGCUGAGGAAGUGUUUGAGAAGCUGUCAAUUAAGCGUGACGGCGGAAUAAAGUUUGAUGACUUUUUGAAUUUAUUACAAAGCGAUUCGGAUAUGUUUUCGAGUGUCGAGAAUAUCGGACAGAAAAGUGUGAAUUUUAAUAAUUUAGAGAAGAAAGAAGACACGCAACAAGUUUAUCAAGAUAUUGUGCCUAUAUUCUCAACAGAGUCUGGAUGUAUUUCGAAUGAAGAUAUCGUGACGAUGUGGACAACAGCUAAUGUGCCUGAUCCAGAACGCUUACUUAAUAAUUUAGGAUUUUUAAGCAAGACAAUAAAGCUAUCAGAACUGUGUAAUGUCCUUGAAGAGGAAAUUCAACGACAAAAUACACCAGAUGUGUUGUCUACAUUGCUUAAAGCAUCUGUUGCGCUUCACAAGUCAGAAAUAUCAUCACUAAGACAUAGCUUUCGUCAAUUAGCCGAAGAGAAUAAGAAGCUAUUUACCGAUAAUAAAGAAAUUAAUCUACGUGCAUCCAUUUUAGCACAAGAGAUUGACGAAAGGCACUCAAAUCUCGAAGAUUCGACACGAUCAGAAAUAAAGUCACUCGAGAAUCGACACAAUGAAGCUAUUCGUGAGUUGACAAAUCAAUUGACAGCUGAGCGAGAACAAUUGGGACAUUUAAAUUCGCGACUAGAAUUAAAAAUAAAAACAAUGGAGACUGAAGAGUUGAAAUUACGACAAGAACUUUUGAGCUUAAAAGACGAUAAUUGUGCCUUGGAGAAUGAGCAAGCUGAACUUCAUAAACAAAUAACUGAAUUACUUGAACAAAAUAUCAAAUUAAAUCAAGACAUUUCCGAAAUGGAAGUUGGCGGUGGAACUGAUGAACGUAUUGAUUCACAUAAUGAGGAAAUGUUGGAUUUAAUUGAGAAGAUUGAAACCUUACAAAUGGAAAAUUCCAAUUUGCGGGACAAGAAUGAUGAGCUACAGUCGGAUGUUGAGAGUCUUAAUGUUGAGGUGAUGAGAUGGAAGAACAAGAGUAAAGUGACACGCGAAACAUUGAGCAUAGACGAGCAAGAAGCAAUAACAAGUGCCGCUAUUAAACGUCGCGGUGAUUCGCCAAGCAAGUCUCGGAAUGUCGAAGAGAGUCCACGAAUGGGAAAAGUAAGAAAAUUUAGCAAUGACAUUGAAGAGACAGAAAACAGCGGUGAAUGGAUGGCAUUGAAUAGUGAAUUGGCAUCAUCAACGCCUAAUCCAAAAGCUAUACUGGCACAUCAAAAGAAUGAUGAGGAAGUGAUUGAGCAGAUGAAAAGAAAAAUGCUGGAAUUGGAAGAGAAAGUGUCAGAGUAUAAAAGUAAAAUUGAGGAAUCAACGAGUGUGGUUGGAUCUUCAACAACAAGCAAUAACAACAAUAAUAAUAAUGAUGAUAUUAGUGCUGAUGACCUUACGAAAUUCAAGAAUGAAAAUGAGCGGCUACAGAAUCGUAUAAAGGAACUGGAAGAUAAUUUAGAGUUAAUGAGUAAAGAAUAUGAGAAUUGUGAAGACUAUUGGCAGGCAAAAGUGAAUGAGGAACGAUUGUUAUUUGACGAUGAUCAACGACAGAGUGAUGAAAAGUUUGCGGAACUGCUACAAAAAAUGUCAGAACUUGAAGAUCAGUUUGCAGCACAAGUUGAAAAGAAUAAUGGACGAUUAAGUCCAAUCGAUGAGAAAUGUCAGCUUGAGAGUCAAUAUAUAGAACUUGAGAAUGAAAUGGAGGAACUUAAAGUUCAUGCACAAUCAUUACUGGAUGAAAAGGACAAAGAACUUGAAGCAUUAAAAUUGGAAGUUACUCAGUUACAAAAUCAGUCAAUAGCUAGUUUAAAAACACCGCCACGUGUCGUAUCACCCGACAACGUCAGCAUUGCUAGCUCACCAAUAAGUUACCUAUUAAAUCAAAACACAAUCACAGGUCCAAUACGAGAUUAUCAGAAUCCAAAUUAUGUAAGUAAAAAAAAUCAUGAUGUCAUGCAGGAAGAAGUAAUUAUGGAAGAACCAAUCAGGAUCAUAUCACCAAUUCAAAAGCCCCCGUCCUCAAAUCAUUCGCAGCACUCACAACAGCCAGAAAUCUCAGAAACGUCAAAAGAAUUGUUGGAAGUGAAUGAAGCAUUAUCAUUAAUAUCAAAUAAAUCUGCCGUCUCGAAUAGUAUUCAGUCAUUGAAUGAGAUAAAUGAUGGCGCAGCAAGUCUAACAAGCGUUAAUGAGGGACACGAGAGAUUAAGAAAGAUGAAGAUGAUUAUGGAUCAAAUGAAAGAGGAGAUACAGGAAUUAGCGACGCAACGUGAAAGUCUUAUUAUGGAGCUUCAACAGCUGCAAGAAGCAAGGCCUAUUUUAGCAAAUGCUUAUAAAUCCACUCAUCCAAACUUAUCACAAAAAUUGGAAAGACUUCAAAUGAAGAAUAAACAUCUGCAAAAUGUUUUGAGACAACAACAGCAUUACACAGAAACAAUAAUGUAUCAAACAUGGCAUCAACAGCGUCAGGAGCUUAAUGAACUAAGGAAUCGCUUAGAGGCACAAAGCAUUGUCAUAUCAGAGCAAGCAACGCGACUAGCAAGUGCAGACUUACUCGUAAAGGAUCUUUAUGUCGAAAAUUCACAUCUUACAGCAACAAUACAAAGAAUGGAGCAACAGUUAGCAAGACACAGUCUUAUGCAGCAAUUUGCCCAAUCAAAAUCACAAUUGGGCAGCAUGAGCAGUUUAAUGCCUUAAAAAUACACAUUACAAUAAUGUUCCUUUGAUAAACUUUACGUUUUUUUUGUGAUAUUUGUCAUCACAUUUGUCCACGAGCUAUGUCUAUUUGUUCA